CAGUUCAGACAGUGGGAGUGUUGAGACUGAGGCAUAGUAGUCGCACAUCAAGAGAGAAGAGGAGAGCUAGAGCUGUCAAACGCUUGAGUUAUCGGAGGCGGACAACUAUCGCAUUUGGUUUGUUAGACAACACAACCAUCUUAAAACAAAGUUACUCCUUUACUUUUUUAAGAAACAGUUUUGAUGUACGUUUUAAAACUGUGUAUCUGAAACUUCUCGUUUGUUAGCUAGCUACAGUACGAUUGAGCUCGACCAGCUAGCUAAUUGAGUAGCUGACUGCUGGCUUUGUUGACAAACUUAUCUAGCUAUUGCUAACGUUGUUAGCUUAGCUGAGUUGAUAUGAUAUGGUGGAACCGAGUUUGAACUGUCAAGUUUUUGACACCGUCCUUAUUGUUGCUGAACAGUCCGCCGUCACAUUAUCUUGAUGACCAACAGGCAGGUCAGACUCAACUUGACGAGCGCCUAUCCACCAUGUGAGAUCUUCACCCUCCAGAAGUCGCCCACACAGUUCCUCUUCGUCGCCGUCGUCCAGAGGAAGACGAGGGCAGCGCCGCUGCCAUGGACAGGAAGCGCAACUCCAUUUCCGGCGUUCCCAUGAGGCCAGAGCGACUACUGGAGGAGCGGGACGGAGGCGGCGUGGGCGAGACCACCCCCUUGCCCUCUCAGGUGGGCAGGGUGUGCCCGUCCUCCUACCGCGCCCUCAUCAGUGCCUUCUCCUGCCUGACGCGCCUCGACGAUUUCGCCUGCGAGUGGAUCGGCUCUGGUUUCUUCUCCGAGGUUUACAAGGUGCGGCAUCGGGCAUCGGGCCAGGUGAUGGCUCUGAAGAUGAACAAGCUGAGCAGCAACAGAGCCAACAUGCUGCGGGAGGUGCAGCUGAUGAACCGCCUCUGCCACCCCAACAUCCUCAGGUUCAUGGGAGUGUGUGUUCAGGAAGGCCAGCUCCACGCUUUGACUGAGUACAUCAAUGGAGGCAACCUGGAACAGCUGCUGGACAGCAACAAGCAGCUCAGCUGGGCCACGCGCGUCAAACUGGCCCUUGAGGUCGCUAUGGGCCUGGGCUACCUGCACUCCAAAGGCAUCUUCCACAGAGACCUCACCUCCAAGAACUGCCUGAUCAAGUGUGAUGAACACGGAUACACGGCCGUGGUGGGGGACUUUGGCCUGGCAGAGAAGAUCCCCAACCAUGAUGCGGCGGGAGAGAAGCUGGCCGUGGUGGGCUCUCCAUACUGGAUGGCCCCCGAGGUGCUCAGAGAUGAACCCUACAAUGAGACGGCGGACGUCUUCUCCUAUGGCAUUGUCCUGUGUGAGAUCAUCGCUAGGAUACAGGCCGACCCUGAUUACCUUCCUCGUACCGAGAACUUUGGUCUGGACUACCACGCCUUCCAGCACAUGGUGGGAGACUGCCCUGCCGACUUCCUCCAGCUGGCCUUCAACUGCUGUAACAUGGACCCCCAGCUGCGUCCGUCCUUCCAGGAGCUGGUGAAGAGGCUGGAGGUGAUCCUGUCCAGGCUGAGGGCAGAGGAGGCCGACCGAGACCGGAUCCCCCUGUCUGGAGACAACGACAAGAAGAGCCUGCCCAAAGGUGAAAAGCUACAGGGCAUUAAGAGGUUAAACCCGCUUCUCCAGGACGACAAGAUUCCUCCCAAAUCCCCCCGCCCUCGCCGGAAUAUCUGGCUUUCCCGUAGCCAAUCGGAUAUCUUCUCCCGCAAGCCUGGCAGGAAGGUCAACGUCCACGACCCCUACUACAACCCCGCCCCUAGGGCAGGGCCGGGAGCUCGCAAGAUCAACCCUUUCAACGCCAGGGAGGACUUGAGGGGUGGCAAGGUGAAGUUCUACGACGUGCCCAGCAAGUCUGUGUUCUCCCUGAUGUUCGACCUCCACUCCCCCCAGGGCUCCGUGUUCUCCUCCCCCAACCCCGCCGCCGCCCUGCCGGGGGGCUGGCAGCAAGACGCCCUCUGGCAGCAGCUGCCCGGCCGCCAGUGUCGCUCCCUCCCCGUCUCCCCGCAGCCGGACGAUGCCUUUUGCCCCGCCCCUGCCGGCUGCACCCUCUCGGCCUCCGUCUCCAAGGGCGACCCGGAGCAGCCGGGAAAGGACGUCCGUCCGAAGGCGCUGAGCGUCUGGGCCAAGAAAUACACCAUCAUGGAGAUCCCCCCGUUCUGCCCCAAGAAGGAGACAGAGCGAGGGAGGGAGGAGGAGGGGGGGAGCAUUGGCUCUCCCAUGACACCCAGUGAUAGGGAAGGAGAGGAGGCCAUGGACUGUUCUAGCAGUCAGGGGAGCCCAGAGAGGGGGGAGGAGGACACCAGGACCCCCAACUAUACUCUGCUAGAGCAGGGCCCUUUAAUCUACCAAACUCAGGUCCACCUCCAGCCCCAGAACGGCCGCACGGGAGAGGACAGGACUGGGGACAGGUUCAGGGACGUAGGGGCUCCGCUGUGUGAAGAGAUGGAAGCAGAGGACCAGGAGGGGGACAUGUCCCAGGAGACCCCCCCGUCACCCCCUCUCAGGCCCCCCAGAGCAGAGCGUCUGAGUCCCAUCGUAUUGAUCCCCUGCACGACCCCACAGCCCUCGGAACCAGAACCCCCCCCCUCCUGUGACAUCUAGCUCAGCGGCUCACCAACAGAGGAGCAUCAUGGGAACUGUGGUCUUUUAGACCGAGAGAGAGAAAGAGACUCCUCAAACAAGAAGGACGAGUGAUCGUUGCAGCCGGUGCCCUGAAAAUAGAGAUUAUUUUUUAAUGAUAAGGUGUUUAUAUUUAAUACUUCAAAGAUGUACUGUGUGAAAAGGUGUCGAAUUCCCUCAAGGUUGUGCGUGUGUUUGCUUCAACUCCUGCCUGCUUCUUGAAGAUCCAGUCUACUGUAUGUGUGUGUCAACAAUGAAAUCCUCUUACACAACAUGCUAUCUAAUGCUACUCGAUUUUGAACAGCCUUAGCAGAGAGAAGGUGGUGGUGAAGACAGGCUUGGUACCAUAGUGGGUUUAUACUUCACUAGACUGUAGGGAGGAAGUCUGGGCAAGGAGCAUCUGGAAUAUAUCCAAUCCUUGUUAAUAAAAGCUGUGGAAUCCAACUGAAAAAAGCUUUGAAAGCACUUAGACCCAUUGUAAAAUGUUCAUUGUUAAUAUAAAAGCUCUCUGCUGGUGAUAUCAUUACUCAUUGAGGUACGUUUGCCUAGAAGAUGCCUGAAACAAAUGGCUUUUGCUUCCCUUUCAUGAUCACCCUGAGGUCUCUCACUUACUUUUGUUCUCUUAUGUUAAGAACUUUGACGUUCAAAACCCAUACUUGUUUGUUGUUGUAUAUUUUUACGUGUGUGUACUUGUUUUGAAUGUGUGAGCCACCACAACCUUUUUAAUGUUCAGUGUCACCUAGUCUUAAUACAGCAGCUCCUUCAGCCUGGUGUGCAGAGCAGACCGGUAGCUGUAGAUGGAGCCGUGACGAGCCUCCAUGACCAGCCCCAGCUCAGGCUCUCCUGCCUGGUUCUGGCCCCCUCCUGUUCAGGUCUGCUGGAGAGUCCAGUGUAGAACUACUUAAAUAGUCCAUUGCACUUGAAAAAUGAUGUUUUUGAGUUAACCCACUCGUUUGUCACUACAUUUCUAUGCAAUAAAUGUUAAUUGUGUCUGGUCGGUUUUACGUAGAGGAUCUAUUUUGAUAUUUAUGAACAAGAAAAAAACAUUUUGAUGUCUUACUUUGUACUUGUCUAAAGGCAUAUGUUAUUGCUAAACUUGAACUGAAAUAUUUUUCUAAUGUAACUUUCCUUUUGCUUCGUGUUUCUCCCUAGACUGCUUGUUCAGUCCCAAGCCCUCCAAGUUAUGUUAAGUAUUCAGUAUGUGACAGAAUGUGUUCAGCCAAAGCACAAAUAACUUUGUUUUUCCUCUUCAUCACAUUAAAAGUUUUUUUUU